AUGGGCCCCCGUACCGACUCGUCAUGCUGCUGCCAGGCCCGUAAUCUGUCAUGGGCCCCUGUACCGCCUCCUCAUGCUGCUGCCAGGCCCGUAAUCUGCCAUGGGCCCCCGUACCGACUCCUCAUGCUGCUGCCAGGCCCGUAAUCUGUCAUGGGCCCCUGUACCGCAUCCUCAUGCUGCUGCCAGGUCCAGAGUGUGUCAUGGGUCCCUGUACGGCCUCCCAUUGCUGCUGUCUCCAUCGCCACACUCUGCCAUGUGCCACUUUCAGGUCUCCUCACACUGCUGGUGGGUUCCAUUUUUUCAUAGGGUGCUGUAUGGCCUCCCAUUGCUGCUGCCUCCACCGCCACACUGUGGCUCCACACUCUGGUUUUGGCCCCGUGACUGCCCAAAUGAGUGAAGUGUGCGGUGAUUCUAAGAUCGACGGCACUCAUCUGCAUGUCAUACUGACUGACAGUAUUAUUUCUCUUCCCCAGCAGACUCCAAGGGCAUUUAAAUUAAAGGUACAGUGUUCUGCACUAAUAUAA